GAUGCAAUUUUAAAUUUUAACCUCAAAUUUGGACGAUCGUGCACAAUGUGGAAACUGCAGGAAGCAAAAUUAAUUUGAUAAUAAAUCUUAGCUUAAAAUCAGUGUUGUUUUAGAAAUAACGAAUAAUUAGCUAAAUGUGGAUUAAAAAUUCGACGCGCUUCCCAGUCAGAGAUUCGCGAAAGAGAAGCAAGGGGAAAAAAGGAGAAGAUAAACAGACCGAGCGCGAUUCACGUGGCUCAUACCGGGAAAGAAAAUUUAUUUGAUGAUAUGGACGACGUAAAUUCUACGGAGAACAACGCGAUUGCAGUUGAACCAUCAAAGCCACCGGCGAAUAUGAGUAAGCGUCAAUUGAAGAGGCUGGAGAGGGAGAAGAAGUGGUUGGAGCGAAGGAGCGAGAAGAGAUUAAAAGAGAGGAUUAAAGCAAGGGAGAAGCGGGCGUACGCACGCGCGAAUAACUUGAGCUUAGGUCCGUCCAGAAAAUUUUUAAAGCAAAGCACCAUGGCAGCGAGUGCGUGCACACUCACGGUGACCAUCGACUUGUCGUUCGAUGAGCUGAUGAUCGAUAAGGACAUCGCUAAGCUAACAAAGCAGAUUCUAAGGUGCUACACUUUGAAUAGGCGAGCCGCAGCGCCUAUGCAAUUCUCCCUCACCAGCUUCACUGGUAAAUCGCGAGCUAGCAUGGAGAAGCACAAUGGUUAUGAGCAUUGGGAUGUGAGUUUCCAUACGGAGCCAUAUAUGGAUGUUUAUCUCAAAGACAAGAUUAUAUAUCUUACGAGCGAAUCAGAAAAUAUAAUAGAUCAUCUAGAACACGAUUGCGUGUAUGUUAUAGGUGGCCUAGUCGAUCACAAUGCACAUAAGGGUAUGUGCUACAAAUUGGCGACGGAGGCGAGUAUUAGACACGGCCGUUUGCCAUUAGACAAGUUCCUACAGAUGAAAGCUAGAAAAGUGUUGACUAUUGAUCACGUCUUUGAGAUACUGCUAAGAGUCUCAGAAGGCAAUACUUGGCAAGAGGCGUUCUUGAAAGUUUUGCCAGAGAGAAAGAACGCUCGACCGAUCGUUUCUGUGCAAUCCAAAGAAGAUGGAUCGCAAGAUCCGAAACCUAAUGAUGUAAAUAAUGCGAUGCCGGUUGAUAUAAGUAACAUUGCAUCAGUUGAUGUAAACAAUACGAUGCCAUUUGAUGUAAAUACAGUGUCGAUUGAUGUAAAUAACACGAUGAUAAAGAUUAUACAAGACGUUUGCGAUAAGGAGAGCGAUAGGCUUGAAAACAAUGCAGACUCGAAAGAGAUUUUACAGGAGAAUCCAUGUGUAACGUAAUUCUGUAAACAGUUAAUAACUAUAAAUAGAAAUGUAAGUUUCUGUCUGAUCAACUAUUUGUUUUUUGGAGAAAAAAUAUAAAGCGUGAACGAUUGGGCCAAGCAAUAAAUACAAUAAGUUUCUAAAAAGUAAAAAAAAAACAGUUAAGAAUUUUGCAUUAUUCGAAAAGAGGAUACAAUUGGUUAAAAAAUAUUAAGAAAGCAUGUACAUAAUUUAUAUAUGUACAAAAAAUCAAAGUAUGAGGCAUCUAAUCAAAUUAAUCGUUGUUAUAUUGUUUAUAAUUUAUUUGGAUAAACAAUUAAUUGUUUAUCUAAAUAAAUGAUAAACAAUAUAAAUUAUAGCAACAUUUCUAAAAUUUUCUUUUAUUUUGACGUCGAUUCUUUUUGCUACUUUGCGAAUACCGCAGAAAUAAAAGAGAAUCUAUUUUAUCGCGCUCCUUUUUUAAGACUGCCGAAAAUUCGCAGUUACAUGAGGUAAGGUCUCUUGUAUAUAUGUAUAAUAACAAUAAUAUAUUUUUGUAUCGUCUGUCGUGUAUUUUCAAAUAUACGAGAUGCGUAGACAAGA